AGCGCACAACCCUAAUCCAUCUCCUGAUCUCCAGAUCUCCAUUGCUUCUUGUAUGCACCGACAUGCAUUCCAGGAAAAACCCCACAUGAUCUGCACUCCCGCAGCAGUCUUUCCGUAGUUCCCACACAUGACGUCACCAGGCCUGAGUUACGUAGUGUGUGAUGCGGUACUGGGAUGUGGCUUAAGCUGAUUUCCGUAGAUAGUUGGCAUGGAUUAGAUAAGAGUGCGGGGUCAUCUUGUGUUUGUUUGUUUAGCUAACAUGAACGUCUGUCGAAGACUAAGAAAGCAUCAAUCACCAUCCUCAACAAGAAGAGUGUAGAAGUAAGUUCUUACCGAGAACAGAAACCGCCGCCAUCAUGUCCUAUAUCGACACCAUCCUCUCCAUCACGUCAAGCAGCUGUCCAGACCCCUACGUCCUACUCGACAAGGGCACAUAUUACAUGACCUUCACGUCGGGUGGACACGUCGAGCUCUGGUCCGCCGACAGCCUGUUCGAAUUCGAAAAACGCUGCACCAAGAGCGUCAUCUGGCGCCCACCCCCAGACACAGACUGUUCGUCGGCCGUGUGGGCCCCGGAGCUGCAUGCCAUCCACGGAAGAUGGUAUGUGUACUUUUCGGCGAACCACCCGCAGGUCGGCAAUAGUGGGCACAGAAUGUUCGUCCUCGAGGGCCCGUCUUCGGACGAGAAUCCGCUAGAGCCAGAGAAGUGGAAGUUCCACAGCAAGUUGGCGGGCAUGCCCGACAACCAGUGGGCCAUUGAUGGCACCGUUGUCACGCUGAUGGGCGGCAUGUACUUUGUGUACUCUGGGUGGCCACUCGGCGGCUCCACGAAGGACGAGUCGCGACAGGAGCUGUACAUUGCCGAGAUGGCGGGGCCGACGGAGCUCAGAGGCCAGCCUGUCCGUAUCAGCACGCCCGAUAUGAAGUUUGAAUUCAGCGGCAACAGCGGAAUCAACGAGGGUCCGCAGUUCCUGUCCUCGCCCGACGGCAGAUGGUCCGGUAUCGUGUACUCUUGCGCUGGCAGCUGGACUUCUGAGUACAAGAUGAACAUCCUGUACCACACGGGCGGAAACCCGCUGGAUCCUACCUCGUGGGCUAAGAGUAACCACCCCUUACUCCAGGCGUCACGCGAUGAAACACCCCCCUACGGCCCAGGGCACGGCAACUUCGUCCUCAUCGACGGCGCGGGCGGGAUAGAAGUCUGGGGCGUGUUCCAUGCCACAGAUGCGAAGACGGGCUGGGAGGGCCGCCGAGCGCGUAUCAUGCGUGUGGGCUGGGAGGGCGGCGGACCGUUCAUGGGCAAUGGCGAGUGCGGCCGGUGCUGCGAGAGUGUUGUUCAUUUCUGCCAUGGGUGCCCUGGAGAUGGGUGUGGAGGCCAAGGACACUGCGGCGGCGCGGGAUGUGGUGCGAGGGAGUUUGUCAGCGGCAAUUCGACAGGGGAGCAUGGUGGUGGGUUUGGAGGUGGUAGCAGGGAUAAUCUGAAGAGGGACAUGAAGAACUUUUUGAACGAGGGGAAGGGCGCGUUUAAAAAUUUCCUUAAGUAGGGAGCUAGUCUUGGAAUGGGAGGAGUGAGGUGGAGGAGACAGGUUGGUGUAACUCUUGAAAUAAGUCGAAUUCUUCAAGCUCAACUC